AGCCGAAAUUCACACACACGUCACAAAAUCUUCAAUAUGCAAACUAAACUUCAAAGCAGUUGGAAGUAAGUUGGAAGAACUAUUGAGAAGGUACGUCUUGGUAUUUAUUUAUGAAACUUAGUAAUCUAAACCUUUUUGCACAUUUACGCUGUCAGAAGCUUCAUGAAAAAAAUGAAAAUAUGGUAAGUGGAUAAGUCAGUGUUGUGAGCCAACGUCAAGUUGCAUUCUAAUUUCCUGAUACUACAAAAUCAUGGAAAAUGGGUGUACCUACUGGCAAUGCUGAACACGGAAAAAAACUCUUCGUCCAGCGAUGUGCCCAAUGCCACACAAUUGAAUCUGGUGGUAGAAAUAAAGUAGGUCCCAACCUUUACGGAUUUUUCGGCCGCAAAGCUGGCCAAGCUCCUGGCUAUUCAUACUCGGACGCCAAUAAAGCUAAAGGUGUCACCUGGAAUGAGGAAAGCCUCUUCGAAUAUUUGGAGAACCCGAAGAAGUUCAUUCCUGGCACGAAGAUGGUGUUUGCUGGUGUGAAGAAACCUGGAGAGCGCGCGGACAUUAUCGCGUACUUGAAGGAAGCGUCUAAGUAAUUUUAUUGAAAAUGUAGAAAAAUAUUGAAAAAUGUUGAACUUAUGAGUUAAAUAAAUUAUUGAAACUUA